AUGCCAAAACGAAGUGCGGAAGAAAAAAUCGAGCGUUACGAACGCAAAAUUAGAAAAUUACGUGAACGCGAUAUCGGACGACAUCGCCGAAUACGCGUCAUAUCAUCCGAUUCUUCCAAUAGUGAAGGUGUUGAAGAUGCCGACCAACCUGAGUUAAGCCUUAAAAAUAAUACGAAGAAUCUCGUGAACUCUUCAGGACAGUGUUCCACACCAUCCAUCAGAGAGCCUGAACUCAUGCCGGAGCCAGAGCUUACGCCGGAAUCUGAGCUCGUAGCGGAGCCAGAGUCUAGACCAGAGGCCAGGGCAGAGAAACCAUUAGAGCCGCUGGCUUUGGAGGCAACUUCGUUGGAACAAAACCCGAACGAUGAAUCAGCCGAACCAGAAUUGGACCCUGAACUUUUAGAAGCCCUCGGUGAAUCCACCAGCGUUACCCCAGAGUUUGGAGAAAGAAUUUACGAGAGUUUAGCCAAAUUGUGGCUUCCUCUACUCGUCAAAGGCUUGCCAAAAGAUAAAAAAGAAAAAAUUUGA